AUGCCUCUUGGUCUGAGCAGUGGGACGUCCGGUGAUGGGCGGUACCAGAGCCCUUCUGUCUCAGAACUACAGAGGCUCAUGUGGACCAAAAAGGGCGGCAGCAACAACCACCUGGAUGAAGUGUACCCUAGGAUAUACAUCGGAGACAUGUACGCAGCGAAGGACAAGAAGUCUCUCCACGCUCGCUUCAUCACACACGUCCUAAACGCAGCAGACGGUAAACUGAACGUGAACACAGGGGCCAGUUUCUAUAGAGGCGCACACAUCACCUACUUCGGAGUGGAGGCUUUCGACAUGGCCACCUUCGACAUCAGCCCCUUCUUCUACCCCGCCGCCAACUUCAUCAAGAACGCUCUCAGCUCACCCACCGGUUUGUUUUCUUGCUUUUAG